UAAGGUCACUCAUGGCCAACAGCUAUGUACUUGCGUUUUGAAAAUAUUAAUUUUUGAUUAAAAUAUAAGAGAUUUUAACAAUUUCUGAAUUUAUGUAGCACUUUGCAAAGGAAAUAAAAUGCAAUUUAUUAGCUGCUUGUAUUAAAUUACAACUAUUCCUGACAAUCACUGCAACCCUGGAAUUAUAGUCGCACAACAGCUGUUCUUUGUAUCAAUCAUAGAUAACACAUCAUUAAGAUUGUUUCCAUUUUUUAAUACAAAUUUAAUCAAUAUUUGGUAUUAAAUAAUAUUCCACAUAAUUUACCGCCCAAAAAUUUGUUAUCGCGAAAAGCAAUGGCUGCAAGUACUAAUGAGAUGGAGAUGUUGCGAAAAGCAAUAAGAUUGCUGUACUCUCCUCAUCCAAACUCGGCUGCCGAGUUGAGAUUAAUGUUGGAUGAGGCUAUAAAACAACGUUAUGGGCCAGAACUUAUGAUAUCCAACAAUAUGAGCAAGAACUUAAUAGAGCUCGAGGCAAACUUUCCUGGUCGCGCUGCAACUCCACCACCACCUCAGGAGCAUCCGCAAACUAUGGAGCAGGACCCAAAUGUCGACGAAGUAAUUAAUUUAACCGGUUCUCCUGCUAAAACUAUAUCAGAUUCACCCGACACUAUCUUGGACUCAGAUGAUGGUGCACAUGUCGGUAGCACAAUGCUGACUGGUGGUGAUGAAGAUGUUAAUCUAAAAGAAUUCGGCGACUUAAAUUGCGCCGUUUGCGGUGAAAUGGUUUUCACCGCUACUAAUCGCUUGAUCGAAUGUUCAAGUUGCGGAACGCUUUACCACCAGGAGUGUCACAAACCACCUAUUACCGACGAAGAAACAUCUGAGGGGCAAGAGCACAAUUGGCAAUGCGAUAAUUGCCUUAAUAAACCUUCAACUAGCAAAGCAGCCGGUGUUAUAAUUGAAGAGCCAAUUGCAUUGGUAUCGAAAACAAAGUCUUCGGCUUCAUCAUCUCGUUCAUCAUCCACAUCGAAUUCAUCAUCCCCGUUUGCUAUUGUACAGCAAGAGGUGCCUAGUUCGUCUUCUGCACAAUCGGUACAAGUGCCAACAUCUUCAAGUAGACACCAUCACCAUAAAAGUUCUAGAUCUCACAAAGAGGAGCGACCGUCAUCAAGUAGUUCUAAAUCUGGGUCGUCUAGCAGCGCCAUUAAUCCAACCUUCAACGUUGUUAGUGCAAGUGAGAAGAGCUCCUCACAUUCCUCGAAGAAAUCAUCUUCACAUUCUUCUUCCUCCGGCAAAUCAUCUUCAUCGAAGUCAUCCUCAAAACACCACGACAGUAACAAACGAAAGUCAAAAUAAACUGUGGAAACGUGAUUUACGUAAAUACCGCUUUUGAUUUUGUAAUUAUAAUACCAAUACGAAGGAAAUAGAGUAAGAACUUUGUACGUUGAAACAAUAAGUAUAUAAUAUUUUUAAAUAUCUACAAUUUGUGUGAAAAGCGAAUUGUUUUUGGAACUAUUAGAUAGGUUUUACAAAUAAAGAGGAACAAUUUGUAAAGUGAAAUGAGUUAUUAAAGAUUGCAAGACAGCAAGAAGGACGCGGUUUUUAUCGAAAUCUUACACCGUUACAAAAGCAAUAACCGAAAAUUUCUGAGCUGUACUCUGUCAUUGGGAGAUGUGAAGCUGUUUUUGCCAUUGAAAGCUGUACAUUUAAAUUUAAAAUGUCCAUGGCAAAGAAGUCGGCCAAAUACGUCUUGAAAAUUCAGUGGCUUACAGAUGAUAAAUCAGCAUACCUGUUUAUCGAUUAAAUUUGCUUACGUAAAGAUUCAGGACUAAAUUUACCAAAUUCAAAUCAACUUCUAAGAAAACCAGGCAGUGAUGCGUCUCAUUUCUAUCAUUGAAGGUUCAAACAAAAAUGUAACUAUUGGCAAUCGGUUCGCUUCUCUGGAGCUCAAGCUUUUGUUAAAAAAUGAACAAUUACAAUGAGAAAAAAUUGGCGUCAAAGAAGCGUAAUCUUAACUGUUUUUUUUUAUAUAUUUACUAGCGAUAUAACUGUAAAAAAAGUCGAUAAAACUACGAGGAAACUUGAAGUUAUACUUACCGGAAGUUGAUUUGCUCAGUCAAAGCUAUUCCAAUUAAGCCACAGUUCCACGAACUGGAAGAUGGUCAUUGGCAUUUUACAUUUUACUUGAUAUGCCCACGGAUAUACACAACCUUGGUGAAGAUUUUUAGUAAAUAUAUCAUCUUUGAUACACAACCACAAGGAAAGAAGAAAGUAAAUAUAAAUAUACCUAUAUAUGAAAACUCGCUGAAGAGCUGUUAAGACCACAUCUAGGGCGCCGUGAAAAUACUGGAAGUAUUGAACGGAACCGAAGGCCCUAGAAGCGCUUAGAUUUUAUGACUCUCUUGUAAAGAUGAUUUGGAAAUAGCCUAAUGAUACAGGUAGCAAUCGUGAUUCUAUAGUUGAAUCAUGGGUAGCAAUGACAUUUAUUUAUAGUAGACAGACUUCGCAGUUAAACAGCUUUAAUUGUGCCUCAUUUUAUUUCUAAUUAUCUCAAAAAUGUAAAUAAGAACUUAAAACAGUAUGGCACACCUUUUAUUAUUACACUAUGGAUUUUCGAAGUGGCUUAAGUUCAAACAAUAAUCGAUUUUUUUCUGUACUUUUUCGUUUAAUAAACACUUCAUCCUAUACAAAAACUAA